UCUGCACGAUAUCUGCAGUUCUGUUGGUUAGGGCCAAUAAUAGUUGUGUUCAGACUUAUUCAGUAACAAGUGACGGUCGUUUUUUAAACGCAACCAUGAGAUUCUUUGUGAUUGCUCUGCUUGUAGGGUGUUCCCUUGCGGCCUCCUUAGAGGGAGAAACACGUGUAAGACGUAAUGCAUAUGCCACAGCGGUGGACUGCCCCGUUACCUUGUGGCCAGGUGGCAAAAUUUGUUACACAUGGGACUCUUCGAUCAGUGACUCAGCCGAUGGUCCUAAAAUGAUGAAGUUGGUUAAAGAUGUGUUUGAUCAUUACAUGGAUGUUUCAUGCGUCGAAUUUUACCCAUCAACUGCAAGCGAGUGUGACGGAAUCGACGCAAUGGAUGUGAAAUUGGUUGAGGAAGAACACAAUGAAUGCUGGGCCGACAUUGAAUGCAGCAACAGUCAAAAUAAAUUCAUCAAUGUAUCUCCAGAGUGUGCAACUUUUGGCGUGGUCACUCAUGAACUCUUCCAUUCACUUGGGCGGUACCACGAACAGUCCAGAAAUGAUCGCGAUGAACAUAUCAAAGUCAACUGGGAUGCCAUCAUAACAGAGAAACAGGGCAACUAUAAAAAGUGUUCAAAUAAGCCGUACACCGACACGUAUGACUAUCAAUCCAUCAUGCACUAUGGUGAUAUGUUUUUCGCCAGUGGAUCGGCAGAAACCAUGACCAUCAUUGAAUCUAACAAAGAAAGAUACCAGAAGCUCAUGGGAACGCAAACGCAGUUGUCCCCCAACGAUGUCGUAACUCUUAACUCUAUGUACAAAUGUUACUCCGCCGGUAUGGAUGUCAAAUGUGCACAUGGUGGAGUUAAGAAGGCAAAUGGUGAUUGCUUCUGCGUGGAACCAUUCACAGGGAGUAAUUGUGAAGACGUCGACCCAGCAUUGGGAGUUAUUGUAGAGAUUGAGGGUGAAUCGUAUGUCGACUCGCCCAACUUCCCCUCGAACUACCCCGCCAACCAGAAAACGUUCAUUGUCUUGCAGUGCCCAGCAGGAAAACGUGUGAGCAUCAAAUUCCUCACAUUCGAAGUCGAACAGUACGGCACCGGAUGUGGCUACGAUUGGCUUGAUAUUCGCCUCGGACCGGGAGAUAUCUACGGCAACAAAUUUUGCGGAAAAGAUUUGCAAGAUACCACUCUUGAGUCAGAAGACAACUACAUUGUGUUAAAAUUUGUCACGGACGGGUUGUGGGAGUAUGAAGGUUUUGAGGGCGAAGUCACAUGUAUCUAAGUACAGUACACCACGAGCCUGUGUAACCACGAUUUGGAACAACAACAACAACAACAACAACGGCAGCAACAACAACAACAGCACAACAACAACAACAACAACAACAACAACAUUAAAAACAUCGCAUAUUUACGCUAUGACAGAGAGUGUAACCGUGACACUUUCAUCAGCACAGAUCGGUUAUUAAAAAACGUAUCGGAAUUUUUCUUUUUAUCAUAGAAACACUAUCAAAUGGUUAAAACUGUUGAUGAUUCUGUCAACAAAGUGCCCAAUAAUCUACAACUAAUAUAAAUCUCCUAUUAAAAGCUGUACACCCUCUUAUCCAAGCAGGUAUAUAAACAAUAUUGAUCAACGGUGUUGGUAUCAAAUGUUGUAUAACGGAAUUGGAAGCGCUGACAAUUCGUAGGGACAGUGUUCAUGUUUUUGCGUGUUCAAUAAUACACAAUGACAAAGAGUUCUCUUCGAUGUUUUGGUUGCAACGAACCUGAAUCAGCUGUUUUUACAUGAGAUACAAUUUUCUCGACUAUGACUUCAUUUUUGUACUCAGAAAAAAAUGGUUCUAGUAUAAUAUUAUGAUCAACUUCAUAAUAAGUAAAUUUUCAGACUAAAAUUAAACAAUGAUAUUUUUAUCCUCACCAACUUGUAGGUCUGUAAUGCCUUUAACCAAUAACCAAGCUACCGAGUGCAUUGCUGUGAUUAUUGUAACGUUGGUUGUUGUUGUAGUAAUGUUUAACAUAAGUCUAGAAAUGUUUGCUAGGUUUGGCAGAAUAUGCUUUCAAAAGUUGUGCUUCUUAUGUAUGUAUAAUAUUAUAGAAUAUACGCCAAUGGUAAGGUGUAAACUUGAGAUGCUGUUUUCGCAGAAAGGACGUUAUGCAGAGAAAAGAUGAUCAGAAAAAGGGGAAAACAGGAUUUUGCAUAAUUUUACAGGUCUAUAAGUAGGUCUAAGCACUAUAAUAUGCUGUGUAGUGUACUGGGCCCAAUUUAAUAAAGCUGUUAAGCAAAACAAAUGGCUAAGCACGGACAACUCUUGCUCAGCAGAAAUAGGUUUCCAGCCAAAAUACCUUAAGUAUACUGACCUAUGCUCAUUUUUGCCCCGCAGAGAAACUUGCUAAGCACACUUUGCUGCUUAACAUCGUUAUAUAAAAUUGGGCCAUGAUAACUUAAAACACAGUAAACAUGUAGGUCCUAAGAUACAGAUAAAAGUCAAAGCCCGUGUGUAGUGAAUGCAAGCUUUUUAACGGAUUGUGAUGUCAGAAUCAAGAAACCCAAAAGACAUUUCAAAAUGUAUAGGGCCUCUUUUGUUUUAGUUUCGGUGUUUCCAAAGCUCUAUGGCUUUUGGGUGAGGAUUAUUUUUCUUCUGAAAUCAAGUAUAAAAUUGCUUUCAAAAAGGAAAAUCAAUAGUAAACGAAUUUGUCGAAUGGCUAAAAACAAAUCAAAACUUAACAAAAUAAUUAUCAAUAUAAAACUUGAAUUGUUUUCAUCUCAUACAAUAGUCGUCAGCUAAACUGAAGGUCUCAUUUAAAUUUGCCCCUCUCUCUCCUCGCACUUUAUUCAAUUUAACGGCUGUUUGCUGACCCUCUGACAGCGGUAGAUAGAAAAAGCAUUCCAAAUUAGUGUGUAAUAACAAUGUUCUUAAAAAUUUAGGCUAUAAAUAUUAAAAUAAUGUUAACUUGCUUAGAACGCUUUUGUAGCUGCUGAUAGAAAAAUAAAAUAAUUUCUACAGCAGAGGUUUGUGAUAACCAACAUGACAUUUUGGUAAAAAGUAUCUUCAAAUGUUUUGUCGAAAUGAUCAAAGGUUAUUUUUUUUUAAAUGAGUUUUUCAAUCGCAAACACCUUAGCUGGUAUAAAUUUUCUUGUUAUCACAUAUCUCUUCUGUAGUGUAGUUUAAAAUGCAUCACAAAA